GUCCGUUCUGCCGCUUUCAGAAAUGUCUGAACGUCGGGAUGCGGCUGGAAGCUGUCCGUGCUGAUAGGAUGCGAGGAGGGCGCAAUAAAUUUGGCCCCAUGUACAAACGAGACCGGGCGUUAAAGCAGCAGAAGAAAGCUCUCAUCCGGGCCAGCGGCUUAAAGAUGGAAGCCACGCCCCCUUUGAUGCCAUCCCCUCAGUCUGACUACAGCUUCAGCACUGCUCUGUCCACCCCGGCUCCAAAAAACACCCACCCAAACAUCAGCAUCUCGGUGGCCCCUACAGAUUACGAGCGCAACCUCUACGCAUCCAGUUCCCUGAGCUUAUCCGUCCCCAUCCAGGCCCACACCCCUCUGCCAGCUCAGUACCCGGCGUAUCCCACCCUGGCCAGCCACGCCAUCAAAUCCGAGUACCCCGACCACUACACAAGCGCAGACCCACCACUCGCCCCUCCGGGCUUAACGGUACCGCCACUGGUUCUGGAGUUUGUUCGCUGUGAGCAAGAUGAGCUGCAGGUGCAAAGCAAGAUAAGCGCUCACCUGGCCCACCUGCAGCAGGAACAGAACUCUCGGAGCGAGGCGGCCAAUCAGGAACAGAACACACGUCUCGCUGCCAAACAGGAACGGCUCAGCACCUUCGGCCUGAUGUGCCACAUGGCCGAUCAGACGCUCUUCUCUAUAGUGGAGUGGGCGCGGAGCUGCAUCUUCUUUAAGGAGCUCAAGGUGGGAGAUCAGAUGAAGUUGCUGCAUAACUGCUGGAGUGAGCUGCUUGUGCUGGACUACAUCGCCAGACAGUUGCAUCAUGGGAAAGAGGACAGUGUGCUUCUCAUUACUGGACAGGAGGUUGAGCUUGCGUCUUUACUGGCCCAGGCAGGGGUCACUCUGAGCGGGAUGAUACAGAGAGGUCAGGAGCUGGUGCACCGUCUACAGGAGCUUCAGCUGGACCGCAGAGAAACCGCCUGCCUCAAAUACCUCAUCCUCUUCAACCCUGAUGUGAAGCUGUUGGAAAACCAGCCUUACGUGGAGAGCAUGUACGAGCAGGUGAACGCCGCGCUGUUGGAGUACACACUGUGUGCGUAUCCGCAAUUCCCGGACAGGUUUAGCCAGAUUCUGCUGCGCCUUCCUGAGCUCAGAGCACUCAGCACACAAGCUGAAGACUACCUGUGCUACAAACACCUGAGCGGAGAGGUGCCGUGCAACAACCUCCUCAUAGAAAUGCUGCAUGCCAAGAGAACCUGCAUCUGACACACACACACACACACACACACAGUCAGU